CUUGCGUCUGCCGGCGUAAGGACUGUCGCCAUUUCUGACGCAGAUGGAAGCGCGCUGCCUGGUGAUAGUUCGGAGGGCGUUGGCCUCUUUUCGCGGUCCAAUUGCGCCCCUCGCUCGAAAUCGCCUCAAACUUCCGAAGACGUCUCGGGGAGACAAGGGUCCGCAAAUAGUUCUCGCGCAGAUGUGAUGGGCAGACCAGAUCACGACGCAGGCAGAGGCCCUGCGUUUGAUCUGUGGAGAUCAAACCCUACAGAGAGACAGCCAAAAAAUGCUACAGCAAGUUCAUCAGGAGCCAGCCCUUGUGUGAAUAUUCCGCCGCGCAAUCAAGAACGUGGUCUGGAGAAAGAGAAAACAGCAGGCGUCUGCUCGAGGCAGCGAACUAGUUCUCUUGCCGUCUCGAAUUUGGCGAAGUGUGAGAUAAGCCCGUCACGUCGUGGGCCGUUCGCUUUUCAUGCACGUCCGAGGGAUCACCUCGCAGAGGUUCAAGUGAGGCCACAGACUGACUCCGACUCAGACGGCCUUCGCAGCUCUUCACCGGGUAGAAGUGGCAGCAAGUUCUUGUCUCGAAUACAAGACGCCGACUUUCUUAGUAGAAGCAGCCCACACGAGUGCAAGACGGAGGAGAGGAGGGCUGGAGUGCUUGGAGCAAAUGAGGGGAGUUCAUCCUUUCCAAAUGACGAAAGUAUGAAGCAGUUUCGCAGUGUUCUGCCCAGAAGCAAUGCUGCUGCUGUUGUUGCUGCUUCCACGAGGAAUGGCGCAACAGCGUCGACGUCUGACGUUGGUGCCGAAGAGUUUGUUAACAACGUCGAUAGCGCUAGCGUUAAGGCUAACGCAGACCAAUCUCCGCGGCGCGCCAAGGUUCCUGGCGCGACUGCGCUAGACAUAAAAGCCGCAGAAGCAGCCAGGCAAGCGAAGAACCUUAGCGGAGCGCUUUUAAAGCCACAAGCCAUCGCGUCGAGUGCUGCACAUCAGCGGGCGUGUCUUGGUGAUUCCAUUUCUCCGCGCCUUCGUAGGAGGUCAACACCAACAGCACCAACGGGCUGCGCCUCUGAGUUGGUUAGUAUAGCAGAAAACGAAAGCGAGAAAAUUCCUGAGGGAUUAUCCCGCACCGAAAUUCUUCAACGUGUGUCAGCGGACGUCUCGAGGGGUGUCGCAAUUCCAGCAUUUGAAGCGCUGGAGAAGAAUACUCUGCCAGAUGCAUGUGACGCAGCAGAUGGCAGCAACCGCCACGACCUGCAAAUGAGGAGGUUCCUUGGUCUUCAGGUGCCUGGUAAACCGCAGAACACAAAAGCAGGGUCCUCAUCGUCGUCGCGUGUUGCUCUGCAUGGUCCACCAUUGGCCUCGGGGGCGACAACAGAGCAGGGCUCAGCUGUAGACGGAAGCUUUAGUAGAACUUGCCAGAAGCAAGGUGUCGCACAGAACGACUAUGGCCUUCUGCAAUUUGGCGAAAAGCUGAAGCAGGCCUCUGCUGCAAAAUUUAGCUUGGUCCAAGACGUUUCCGCUACCGGAGGUGAGCGCGUACUUAUUCGAUCGAGGAACAUUAAGGCUAGAAGAUGCUCAUCCUUGCGCGCAGGCGUUCCGCGAUCUUUCUCAGUAGGGAAAGGAUCUCGCGGCGCCCUUCAGGAUGGGUCUCCUUUACCGCUAAAGGGAGCAAAUACUCCACGUUUGACACACUCUGCACCUUUGACGGCUCUCGUUUUUCUGAAGAGGACGCUGACUAUUUGGGUACCGUAGAGUCGUUGCGCCGGCUACCAGUGUUUGCCUUGGAGUCUCUACAUCAAGCAGCAAACCGGAAGCAUUCUGGUGCAGUACCAGCCGCAGACAAGGAGGCAGCCUCCCAUGACAGGACUGGGAAGACAAGUAGCUCCCAGCGGAACAACGUGAAGGCACACGAGCCACAAGUGAAGUCGCCAGGUCUGGUCGAGAGAAUACUGCAAGCGAGAGACAGGCAGCGGCCUGGUUUACAGACAGGCACAAGCCAGCAGCAGGCAUCGCCAAGCACCGGGCCAGCAUCUACAGGAAGACCUGAACAAGAGAACAAAGACGACAGACAGCGUGCACCAGUACGCGCUACUUCUGACACUACUCCGAAAGCAAUCCUUGAACCUUCAGAGUUUGGCCGUGAGAUUCCGACCUCUGCUGACGUUCUAGCAGCGCUCUACAACAUGCGAGGCGCUGACAUUGCGGGUGAGCACGAGUUGGGAUUUUUGGUUCGUCUUAUCAGCCUCUUGCACACGUGGUCAUACAAAGGCGCCCACGAGCUGAUGCUGUCAAAAGGGUUAGACUUCUUGUUUGAGCGAAGUGCGCAGGAUCAGACACCACGAAACGAUCUUCUUGUGGCUGCUGCUCAUCACCUGCAGGGACUAAUGGCGACAGUACUCGAUCCAAAAGCUGCCCGGAAGAAGAUGCAGAGUAGAGCUAUGGAACACUACGCCACGCAGGAGGCUGCUCGGGUAGCAAGAAAAAAAGCGAAGCUCUUUGUAGCGGAAUCACGGGAGCAGCUCGGAAUUGUGGAGAGCUAUACCGACGCAAUGGAGCAGGGGAGAUUCCAGAGUAUGGCUGUCGAGAAAGGAAGGCUUCUGUAUGAAAAUACAGCAGCCGCGGCAGCAGCAGCAGUCGCUACAGCAGGCGAGGCCCAACAGGCGGAAGAAGUUGACUUUGGUGGGAGGCCUUUCUAUGUUGACCGUGACGAGUUGAAUGCGGCCGACAUAGCUUAUUUCAAUGGUUCCAGAGCUCAAGUGGAUCUUGCUCGAGUUCGAAUGCGUUGGUGGGAUAAGUCUGCAGACCUGGAGUUAAGGCUUACAGACUUUUUAAACGUUGCAUCUUCACGAGCAUCCUGGAACCGUUUUCAAGGGUGACACGGUUCCAGGAUGCGUCUCGCGGUGGAUCUCUAUAGAAUAGAGAUCCAUCUCGUUGAAGAAUUUAAUCUAGUAGAAACCCAGCCCCUUACCUCUAACGGAAGCACUGGACAAGAUGAUGCGCAGGCUGGUUUUUCCUAUCAAAUGCGACGCAUGUGGUGAGACUAUUGCGCUGUGCAAGAAGAGCAUCCUGGGUGGGCAUGACUAUCCGCAGAUGUUCUAUCAGGUGGUUUUGCGAGAUAAAGACACAGGAGAACUUUCGCUGACGUUUCCUCCGUCGAGCCGCAGCAUUGGGCAGAGAUCUUUAUGGGAAGGAGACAAAUGCUUCAUCGCAUAUUUUUUUUUUGCAUUAUAUUGAAUAUAUAUAAUAUGACUCGCGAUAGGUGGUCUGCUAGCGCUUAGAAUCCCCGGCGACGGUGGCGGAUACCACUACACCGGGGCGGGACGUUCGACCAAGGCAAACCGGCGAAAGAGCGCCCGCCCGGGCAGCUGUCGCAACCUUUUGGCAACGGCUGCGCGCGCGGCAGGCGUGAAGGCGGGCGCGCUUACUUUUGGGCGUGUGUUGCUCUGUUGUGAAGAUCUUAGAACAGGGCGCAGGAUCCUCUGGGAAUCCUCUGCGCAAAGCAUUGGGGCCGGCGUGGCUUCGUGUUGAUUCCAGGAGAGGGGCAGCCUUCGCACGCCUGCGCCUGGCGGAGACUGUUAGGCCUUCGGUGCGUUCAGCAUGAGGAUGCGCGGGGACCUCUAUGAAAGGAAGCAAAGCAGUGCACAGGGGUGAGCCUGAUACCUAAGAGGACCCGCGACGGGGGCCGCCACGUUCUGCGUCGCCUCUCGCCUGCGCUUUUUCGAGGAGCAAGGCGGGGAGCUCUUGGAUGAAUCGAGGGAGUUGCUACCCCCGCAGCGUCAGCCUGUCUACUCAUUUGGGUGACGGUCACCCUCCCGGAAGUGUUUGAAUGGUGUCCAUGGUGAUAAGACGCGUGCCCGCUGGCAUUGGGGUCGCCCCGCCGUGGCUUACUUUCGGAGCUGUGUCGAAGCGCAAGCAGACAGGACUAGGCCGCUCAGAGGGCGGGAAAGUUGUCGAGGAGCCGGGCGGCGGUUUCAGCGUUGGCGACAGCGGCGCGCCUGAGGGCACGGCGCCCGGCUGAAGCCUUCCAAGCUGCAAGAAGGGGCGGAGGGCUGCAGGCGUUUGAUCUAGUGGAUUGCGAUGUGGUUAGAUAGUCACUGCGGCCAGGCGCUGCCGGCCUUCACUUUUCCCGCCUGCAGUAUCUUCAUCGUCUCCGGCGUCAAGGGCUGCAGUGUCGGCGUGGCGAGAAAGCACACACGUCGCCCAUGCUGGGCGCCGGCGUGUCGCGGCUUUGGUCGCUCGAUGGGGGGCGCCUGUUCGGCCCCCCUGGUUUUAUUUGGGACGCAGAUGGAAAAAAGGCCAACCACUUCGCGCCGCGCGAUCGUCAGGAGAAGCGGGCGGAAUUCUUGACAGCUCGGCGCUCGCUGCAAUUGGGAGCGACGACGGCGCAGGUGCAAAAGUCUCGGAAGAACAGGGAAGCGCUAGGGGCCGGCAGUGUUGUCGGAUUUCGCAGCCUUUCGCCUCGUUGUUUGAGGGGGUCCCGCGCUGGCGCGACCGGCGCCGCGUCUGCGACUCCCUCUCUCUUUGUUUUCUGAACAGGGUGAGCCUGGGCGAGCUUGGCUUCGGGUGAAUAUCCGGAGGAACGCCAACAGCUUGAGCGUCUGCUCGUUGUUUUUUCGGGUAGAGCUAAAAACUAGCAGGGGCCGCAGAUGUUCGCCUAAGGUUUUUCAUUAUUGAGAAGCCAGCCGCGUUGUGAUGGGGAGAUGGCUGUGGGGUGAUGUGCGUUGUAGUAUCUGCGAGCGCGCACUCGCUCAACCUGUAGCAGGUUUUGCCUCGUCUCUUGUUUGAUUUUGAAAAAAAGUCUAUUCCUGCUGUGACUGUGAGCGUGUCGAGGUAAAAUAUCUAUUCAUCUGCUUUUAACUUCGUAAUAAGUCAUGUUGCUUCUGGUAGCUGCUUACUUCUUGAGAGGGUUACGUACUUGCUAUUAAUGGAUGUCAGCUUCUAUCUUUGUGAAUUUGUAUCCCCCUUGAUUUUCGUUCCCCAUUCUCCUCUCAUACAUGCACUACCUGGCAUGCCGGAACACUCCCGACCGAUGCUUCUGCGGCUGGUGGUUGGAUAACAUCUGCUUCCAAGAGUAUCGCGAGAGCAUCAGGGACAUGCAGAAAGUUGGGGAGUCGUCCUGGUGGAACUGUGCUUUUUAUCAAAUUUCGAUACAUGCGCACAUGUAUCCGGGAAGUGCUUGCAGAUGUCACAACUACGUUCCGCCGAGGAUGGAUAGGGCGACUCCUCGGUGGAACGACUCACGAGCAGCAGACAAAAUUUUUGGCGCCGGUGCGUCACAGACAGAAGCAGACAGUCUGACUUGUGUGGAAGCAGAUGACUAGAGGCAGACCCUUUGGUGUUUCAGUGCUCGUCUAUUAUCUUUUUCCACGACAAGGAGGCCAAAGAGAUGCGUGGUCUUUCUUCUUCUUGUAAAUUAAUGGUAUUGAUUGCUCCUCACCUUUUCCGUUUUAGUAUCAUCUGAACUUAGUCUGACUCUAUGCCAGACGAUAAAUCAAAGAUGAUGGUAGACAGCUUAGAUUUCCAGGCAGCCUCUACUACGUGUUGACUUUUCUCGAACAGAGCUAAAAACUGUUGCAAGAGCGACCAGCUUCAUCAUGAUCAUCGUCUUUCUUGAUGCUUUGUAAUAUACGCGCAUGCAGUCGCGCAUAGACUCACAUUUAUGAAACUGCUGCAGUAGACAUUUACUACAUAGAGUCUUUAUGUCGUGUUUUACUCACCUUUCCGACUUCUUCUACAACGAUAAAGAAAAGGCUGCAGUUAUAAUUAUUACUCCCCGGCCUCGUUGUUCUACUCAGUGAGAUUAUUAGAUUAGCUCAUCGGGGAUGAGAGUCCGAGUGUUGUACUUGUCGAACUGAAAAAACGUGUAAACGCAACCAUUCCGCUUGUAUUAUUUUUAUUUGCGGAAAUUUUAGACCAUGAUGUUCCAAUUCUGUUGUAGUCAGUUGUUGUUGCUUCGCCAUCUACUUGUUAUGCUAAUGUGGUUGAUAAUGAAGCUAAACCAGUCUGAUUUCUUGGCCAGCCAUUGGUAUGCUGAUGACAUAAAAACUAUAUAACAUUACUCAGCUCUGGCAAUUUAUCAAUGAUGUUCUCGUCGCGACAUUAUUUAGCCUACUUAGUAUCGUUGCAUGCAUAUUGUAAUAGCUGACUCCUCUAGUAGCUGACGUGUAAAAUUGUGAUCAUCAUCAUUUUUAUCAUCACCAUCAACAGCAUCGUGAUCCUCGUCUGAUGUAGAAGUUUUCUACAGUUCAAUCGUCACGCUCUCCGUAGUAAGUAUUCACUCGCCCUCCUUCGUAUACGUAUAUUAGAGCAACUACUUUGAGCUGUCCACUAUAUGCAGAUAAGUUUUUUAUGUAGAAGAAAGAAUCGUAAUUCCGUUCUCAAUUUUUUUGGGGUACAGCACUAAGGCUCCAGCUGAAUCGUCAAAAAAAAACCCCAGUGAGGCCUGGCCAUCCCUUUAUCGUAGCUCGAUUUUCAUGCAUGACGAACCCCACCCCUUACAAGCAGACUGCAAUGCCAAAAGCAUAACCUCUACAAGAUGAAGCAAAAAUAUGAAAUUCGUAAAUUUCUAAUAUCUUUAGCAAAUUUUGAUGGAUGCUAUUUCUUGCUCCUGAUAUAUUUCAAAAAGAACGAGCUUCAAAACGACCGAGGCAGCACGUAGCACACUUCCUUGCGGCGCCUUGUAUGCGUCGAAAAAAAUUUUUGUACGACAGAAGUUGAAGUCGUCUUGUCAAGAUCGUGC